AAUGCACAUGUUCUGAGAACAUCACUUCUUGGAGAAGCUCGGCUGUAGUCGCCUCACUCCGCAAUCUCACUCUGACUCUUGGUCUAUUCGAGAGUGAGAUUUGGUCCUCUGCGCAUCUCUCGCCAUGACAGCGUAUGACUUCUCGGAUAUAGAGGCGUUUCUGGACUGCCACCCGGAUCUGUUCGAGGAAUAUCUGGUUCGGAAAGCGAGAUGCGAUCAGGUGAGCAGGUGGCUGAGGGAGCAUCAGCCGGCCAGGGUGACCGCAGCCGAGGAGAAGCGCGGCGCCGCGGUGGAGCCGCUCUGGCCCACCAACACCGACGCGCUCCGGCGCAGAUCGUCCCACAUGGAGCUGCGGCGGAACUUCGCCCGCUCCAAAGCCACCACCACGCACCGGACGUACGACGAGCAUGUGAGCCUCAGCGAGCACGAGUCCCAGUCCAGCAUGAGGCGCCGCGCGCUCCUGCGUAAAGCCAGCUCACUGCCCCCGACCACCGCGCACAUCCUGAGCGCGCUGCUGGAGUCCAGGGUCAGCGUGCCCCAGUACGCGUCCAGCGCCAUCGACUACAAAUACAGGCUGAAGGAAACCAACGAGAGGGAGUUUUUCCUGGAGUUGGUGAAAGACAUCUCCAAUGAUCUGGAUCUGACGAACCUGAGCUACAAGAUCCUCAUCAACGUCUGCAUCCUGGUGGACGCGGACAGGUGCUCGCUCUUCCUCGUGGAGGGACCCGCUCACAAGCGGACUCUGGUGUCCAAGUUUUUCGACGUGCACUCGGGCACCACGGUCAGACCAUCAUCCAGCACUCUCAACUCCAAUGAGGUGCAGGUUCCGUGGGGAAAGGGCAUCAUCGGAUAUGUGGCAGAGCACGGAGAGACUGUGAACAUCUCCAACGCAUACGAGGACCAUCGCUUCAGUGAUGAGAUUGACAAGUUAACCGGCUACAAAACGCAGUCCAUUCUCUGUAUGGCCAUCUGCAACAGUGAUGGGGAAGUCAUCGGUGUCGUCCAAGCAAUUAACAAAAAUCCAGUAGGAACACCUUUCACCGAAGAUGAUGAGAAGGUGCUGCAGAUGUAUCUGCCAUUCUGUGGAAUAUCAAUUUCCAAUGCCAAGUUGUUUUCGGAGUCUCGUAAAGAAUAUGAAAGGAGUCGGGCUUUGUUGGAGGUGGUGAACGACCUGUUUGAGGAGCAGACUGACCUGGAGAAGAUCGUCAGGAAGAUUAUGCAGCGGGCGCUGACCCUCCUGCAGUGUGAACGCUGCUCUGUGCUUCUUCUGGAGGACAUCGACUCACCGGUCGUGAAGUUCUCCAAAACCUUUGAGCUCAUGUCUCCUUUGUGCAACUUGGACCGUGACAUCAGCAUGGAGAAGUUGUCUUGUUCUGAUUGGCUGAUCAAUAACAGCAUUGCUGAGCUGGUGGCUUCCACAGGACUGCCCGUUAACAUCAGUGAUGUGUGUCAGGACCCACGCUUCGACGCUGAGGCUGAUCAGGCUUCAGGGUUUCACAUCAGAUCAGUGUUAUGUGUUCCCAUCUGGAAUCGAACUCAUCAGAUAAUUGGGGUCGCUCAAAUCCUGAACCGCCUGGACCGGAAGACGUUCAAUGAUGCAGAUCAGAGACUGUUCGAGGCAUUUGUGAUAUUCUGCGGGCUUGGAAUCAACAACACCAUGAUGUACAAUCAAGUUAAGAAGACAUGGGCCAAGCAGUCUGUAGCUCUGGAUAUGCUGUCCUACCACGCUACCUGCUCCAAGGUGGAAGUGGACAGACUUAAGGCCGCCAAGAUCCCUCUGAGCAGCGAGCUCGGCAUCGAUGAGUUUCACUUCAACGACUUCUCCUUGGACAACGAUGCCAUGAUCACAGCUUCUCUCAGGAUGUUUCUGGAACUUGGAGUUGUCCAGAAGUUUAAAAUUGACUAUGAGGUUUUGUGUCGGUGGCUUCUGACUGUGAGGAAGAACUAUCGGACGGUGGCGUACCAUAACUGGAGGCACGCCUUCAACGUGUCGCAGUGCAUGUUCAUCAUGAUCACAACUGCGAGUUUCCAGGACGUCCUGUCAGACGCAGAGAUACUGGCACUGAUGGUCGGCUGUUUGUGCCACGACUUGGACCACCGGGGCACCAACAAUGCAUUCCAAGCCAAGACGGGAUCUGCUCUGGCGCUGCUUUAUGGGACGUCGGCCACUCUGGAGCAUCACCACUUCAACCAUGCAGUCAUGAUCCUGCAAAGUGAGGGUCACAAUAUCUUUGCAAAUCUCUGCUCGAAGGAGUACAGCAACAUGAUGCAACUACUGAAGCAGGCUAUUCUCUCCACAGAUCUGACUUUGCACUUUGAACGAAGGACCAAGUUCUUUGAGUGUGUUCUGUCAGGACAAUUCAGCUGGACAAAUGAAGGACACAGAGAAGUUCUCAGGUCAAUGCUGAUGACGGCGUGCGAUCUGGGGGCCGUCACUCGUCCUUGGAAGAUAUCAAAGCAGGUUGCAGAGCUGGUGACAAGUGAAUUCUUUGAACAGGGUGACAGGGAGCGGUCUGAGCUGAAGCUCAUCCCAGCGGCCAUCUUUGAUCGCAAUCGUAAGGAUGAGCUGCCUGUCCUGCAGAUAGAAUGGAUCGAUGGGAUCUGUAAACCUCUUUAUCAGGCACUGCUGAAGCUCAACAGGAAGCUGCAGCCAAUGGUGGACGAGAUCGACGCCAAUCGAAGGAAGUGGGAGCACCUCUGCUCGUCCUAUCAGCAGACGCGCAGCGCCUCCAAUUCCAGCCUGAGCUCUGAGCCAGGUCAGAUCACUGAGUGCUGUGAAGACGCAGAAACACGUGAGCGCCCGGAAUCUGAAGAGCAUGUGACUCCAGAUGAGAACACCAAGUUAAGAUCAAAGUCCAAGUACAGUCAUGAACUGAAGAGUAAUGUGGAUGAGCCCUGAGCUGAUGGAGCUUUAGCAGACUCUUAGGUUUACACACUGGAUUGCAAGCAUGGGACUUAUGUAAUAACCUGUGAUUUUCUAACACAUGCACUACUUUACUGUAUCUGGGUAAAUGAGAUGUGCUUUCAAUCUGCUGGACAUGCGGUUUCCCCAAAGCAUCACUGUGUUAAACUCAGGUGUGGGAUCAACUCCCACUGCUAAAACACUCUAUCUGAAGGGCCGUUUCCCCAUUUGUACCUGUAUUUGUAAGACAGAUUGCCAUCACUGACAUGAAACAAAACAAGAGACUAUCUAAA